CGUCGAGCGAGCAAGUCUUGCCACUCGACUCCACUCAACAACCACAAUCAUGAACCCAGCCAGAACAGCCCUCGCAGCGCUCGCACCCACGCGCGCCGCGCUCCCCACCACCCUCCUUCGCACCGCGCGUGCCGGCACGGCGCGUGUGCCACACCACCUACCCCGCAUCAUUCCCGCCCGUCGCCCCGCGUCGCACGCGGCCGGGGUGACGGCCAUCCCGUAUGCGUCGCUCGUGACGCGCAUCGUCGUCGAGGACGCGCCGAAGAAGUACCACCGGCCCGAGUCGCACGCGGCCAAGAUCACCAUGACGCCGUUCAUGACGCGCGCUGCCGCGCCGUCCCCGCACGGGUCGUACGAGUCCCCCGUCGCUGCCCUCCGGCCAACCAAGAUGCUCGCGUACACCCCCGUGGCGGACCACAGCGCGCGCCACACGCCGAUGGAGUACCCCCUCCCGGAGGGAGUGGACAAGGUGGUGCUCAACCUGCGCUUUGACCCCGCGCGCAGCUGGAUGGCGUACCUCGCGUAUUUCCGCCUGCCCGCGAGCGUGAAGGAGCUCGUGCUCCUGCUCUCAGUCGACGGGCAGCUCGCGAGCCAUACCCGCGAGCGCGCAAUGGCAGAGUGGCAGUGGGACCUGGUGCGCGCGCUCACGAGCGGCAUCUUCACGCACCGCGAGGUGGCGUACACGCUUGUCGACGCGCAGGGCGUCGACGAGAGCAUCAAGAAGGAGGUGUGGCGAUGGGUACGUCGUGCGCAAGGGAGGGAGCUCACGCCCCAGUGCUCGGAGGAGUACGAGUGCCAGGACUUGCCGAGCCGCGCCGCGCGCCUGAGAGAAGGCGGAGAGGCGGCGCCGGAUACCCCGGAGGAACAUACCGCCCACGCGCGCGCGUUCGCGCCGUGGAAUAACCUCGCGUUCCUCAGCUCGGAGGAGUACUGCCAGCGAAUUGGUCCAGAGCAGUUUGCGCUCGAGAUCCAGGAGAACUAGGGGGCGGAGGACGCCGAGGGGACAAGUAGAACCAAAGGAAAGACCAAGUUGUACGAACUACAAACGCCCGUUGUACACUAUGCAUAAUGAGAG